AUGUUCACUCGUCCACAAUUUGACUUGGCGUGUCGCGUUCUCGCUGAGAAAUAUGUCCAUACAGUUUCCUCGCCAGCAACGACGCCGUUGAAAGGCUGGUCUUGGAAUGAGCAUGCCUCGAUAAAUGGACUUGGAUACCUGUCUCGACGGACAAUGCACACUCGCCGUCUCACAUCUGUGUAUUCAGACAAUGAUGAAAUUUACAAUGAGGAAUACGAAGAACAGCAAGAUGAAUCGACGGCUGUUGCCAUACCUGAUGUGACGCUGAUAUGCCAGCAGUAUAUCGUUUAUUCCGCAACAUUUCAAGUUCCUGCAUUCUACUUUACCAUGCAUGAUUGCAAUGGUAGUCCACUGGGACUUGCGGAUAUUAUGAAUACAUCACUGUUCCGACCUUCUGUAUUUGAUACCGCCGAGCGUACGACAUUUGCGCUAAGCACUCCUGAUCAAAUGUUUCCCCUCUUGUCACAAGGAGAUCAUCCAACACUGGGUACCCCCAGCUGGUACUUCCAUCCCUGCGAGAGCGCCCGUGCAGUCGAUGAGCUGAUGACGGAGCUAGGCAAAGCUGAAUUGACGACGGAAGGACGGCUUGUUCGCUGGAUAGAAAUGUGGAUCAUGGUCGUCGGUAGUGUUCUUACCGGGUCCACUAAAUGCCUACAUGGCUGGUGUUCCGUUCGUGACCGUCUGCUACCCCGCUUACUUGUACCUCCGAUUUUCUGUGCAAACUUAUCGUACGAUCCAAGGUACGGAGAUGUUGUAUCUGAUACUGAAACAUAUGAUCAAUGCUUAGGACAUCCAUCGCUGCUUCCCGUUCUUUCUUCCAUACCGUCCCUUCCUACUCUCGCUCAAUGGUACGUCCCUUCGUCGUCGAGCUCGACGUCCACGCUCACUUUCCAACAGACCAUCGAAGCUGUCAUCGUCGCUGCCGCUCGCACCCCUACCGGCUCCAUCAACGGCUCUCUCAAGACCUUCACUGCUCCCCAGCUCGGUGCUGAGGCCCUCAAACACGCGCUUGCAUCCAAGAACAUCGACCCUGCCCUCGUUGAGGAGGUCUACUUUGGCAAUGUCGUCCAGGCUGGUGUCGGUCAGUCCCCUGCGCGUCAGGCCGCACUCAACGCCGGUCUCAGCAAGAGCUCUGACGCGACCACCAUCAACAAGGUCUGUGCUAGCGGAAUGAAGUCUGUCAUUCUCGCUGCACAGAGCAUCAUGAUCGGUGACAGGAGUAUCGUGGCUGCAGGCGGAAUGGAAAGCAUGAGCAACGCGCCUUUCCUCCAUCCCCGUCACAACCCUGCUUUCGGUAAAUACACUGCUAUCGACUCAUUGGAACUCGAUGGUCUCUGGGAUGUCUUCAACAACCAGGCCAUGGGAAACUGUGGUGAAUCGGCUGCCGUGAAGCUCGACAUCUCACGCGAGUCCCAGGAUCAGCAUGCCAUCGAAUCCUACCAGCGUGCGACGCGUGCAUGGAAGGAAGGUGCCUUUGACGCCGAAAUUGUGCCGCUCACCGUGAAGGGCAAGAAGGGCGACACGAUUGUGAGGGAAGACGAGGAGUAUAAGCGUGUCAUCUACGAAAAGGUCCCAUCCCUCAAGUCUGCCUUCAAGCAGGGUGGCAGCAUCACCGCCGCCAACUCAUCACCGCUUAACGACGGUGCAUCGGCUCUCAUUCUCAUGUCAGCAGAAAAGGCCAAGGAACUAGGUCUCCAGCCUCUCGCCAAAAUCAUCUCAUAUGCCGAUGCCGGUGUCGACCCCAUCGAUUUCCCUAUCGCACCAACGGUUGCUCUUCCCAAGGCUCUUGAGAAGGCCAACCUGACCGUGAAGGACAUAUCGCUCUUCGAAAUCAACGAAGCCUUCUCUGUUGUCGUUCGUAUCGCAGAAAAGGUCCUCGGCAUCGAUCCCUCCAAGAUCAACGUCAACGGUGGUGCAGUCGCCCUCGGCCAUGCAAUCGGUAGCUCAGGCUCGAGAAUUAUUGUUUCCCUUGUUCACGCUUUGAAGUCCGGAGAAUAUGGUGCCGCGGGUGUCUGUAACGGGGGCGGUGCCGCUUCGGCCAUUGUUAUACAAAAACUGUAA